UUGGAGCAUUACUGCAAAAUGAGUAAUACAUCCAAUUUAGUUAUAUUUUCUCUGUCUGGCUUUAGUGCCACUGUCAACUAUAAAGUUACAUUUUUCUCUCUCACUUUACUGUGUUAUUGUCUAAUCGUGGUGGUAAAUGUGUCUCUCAUUUUAACCAUAAUUUUGGAUCAAAAUUUACAUAAACCCAUGUAUGUUUUUUUGUGUUCUUUGUGCAUCAAUGGACUCUAUGGAGCUGCUGGCUUUUAUCCUAAAUUUGUCUUUGAUCUGCUGUCUGACGUUCAAGUAAUAUCAUAUACAGCAUGCCUUUUGCAAGUCUUUGUUAUAUACUCUAGUUCACAAAUCGACUACUCUAUUCUAGUUCUCAUGGCCUAUGACAGAUAUGUGGCCAUAUGUCGACCUCUGGAGUAUCACUCUGUGAUGUCUGUGCAAAGGAUUGCUGUGUUAAUUGGUUUGUCCUGGCUUGUACCUUUCUGCUCUGAAGUUAUGGUUGUAACUUUGACAUCCACACUGAAAUUAUGUGGCUCCCACAUAGAUAAACUCUAUUGUGAGAACUGGUCAAUUGUUAAACUUGCCUGUGGCUCAACAAGAGCAAAUUACAUAGUUGGAUUGAUUUUUAUUGUUUUCUAUUGUGCUCAUGUCCUCUUGAUUUUAUGUUCAUAUGUGCAGUUGGUACAGUCAUCUUUAAAAUCCAAAGAGGGGAGGAGAAAGUUCACACAGACAUGUGUGCCACAUCUGUUAUGUCUGUUUAAUGUCACAGCUGCUUUGCUUUUUGAUAUUAUGUACUCAAGGUAUGGAUCAGCAGCUAUACCACAGAAUUUAAGGAACUUCAUGGCCUUACAAUUUCUCAUAAUUCCACCUAUUAUAAACCCUAUUAUUUAUGGACUGAUUCUGACUAGAAUUCGAAACAGAAUGAUAUAUUUGUGUAUGAUGGCAGGUCAAAGAUUUAAAUUGAGAUUCAAGGUUUAG